AUGCCUGCCGGAUUCUCCCAACGGGUCGUCUUUCCUGUCGUUCGGGGACUUUCGGAGCUCUCUUGCCUGCUAUCUCAAGAUCCCAUCUUCGCGGCAUCAGAAAACCAAUCCAAAAUGGCCUCUCCGAUAGCCGCGCACCCUCCCACUCGUCCGGCUCUCCUCACGCCCUCAACAUUUACUCGAGACAUCUCCCGUGCCAUCAUGGCCUCGACGCAAGCCCCAAAGUCCGUCGACCUCGACCCUCAUCCUCAUGCGGGCCUGAGUUAUCCUCCGCCGCCACCGCCCCCGUCACCCGUGGAAUCAAGGAGUCCACAUGCUGUCUGGGGUGUCGUCGGAGGGGAACGAGCUUGA